AUAUGUGGAUGGCGCCCAGAGUCAACCCUGCUGUGUCCCCAGGCGGGCCUUGGGAGUGGGGAAACCCCAUCCUGGAGGAGGCCUGGUGCUCCUGCUCCAGCCUGGCCACUGUACCCUGUCUCAGCCUCCUGUCUUAUCAGCUGGCCUUUCCUGCAGGCCCCACGGACAGCUGUGGCCAGGUGCUCAUCUGCCGCAACUACCGAGGUGACGUGGACAUGUCGGAGGUGGAGCACUUCAUGCCCAUCCUGAUGGAGAAAGAGGAGGAGGGUGUGCUAUCACCCAUCCUGGCCCACGGAGGCGUGCGCUUCAUGUGGAUCAAGCACAACAACCUCUACCUGGUCGCCACGUCCAAGAAGAAUGCUUGCGUGUCACUGGUGUUCUCCUUCCUCUACAAGGUGGUUCAGGUGUUCUCCGAGUAUUUCAAGGAGCUGGAGGAGGAGAGCAUCCGUGACAACUUCGUCAUCAUCUAUGAGCUGCUGGACGAGCUCAUGGACUUUGGCUACCCACAGACCACGGACAGCAAGAUCCUGCAGGAGUAUAUCACGCAGGAAGGCCACAAGCUAGAAACUGGGGCACCGCGGCCCCCGGCCACUGUCACCAAUGCAGUGUCCUGGCGGUCAGAGGGCAUCAAAUACCGGAAGAACGAGGUGUUCCUGGAUGUCAUCGAGUCCGUCAACCUCUUGGUCAGCGCCAAUGGCAACGUGCUGCGCAGCGAGAUCGUGGGCUCUAUCAAGAUGCGGGUCUUCCUGUCAGGCAUGCCAGAGCUGCGCCUCGGCCUCAACGACAAGGUCCUCUUCGACAACACGGGCCGUGGGAAGAGCAAGUCGGUGGAGCUGGAGGAUGUGAAGUUCCACCAGUGCGUGCGGUUAUCACGCUUCGAGAAUGAUCGCACCAUCUCCUUCAUCCCUCCUGAUGGCGAGUUUGAGCUCAUGUCCUAUCGGCUCAACACGCACGUGAAGCCGCUGAUCUGGAUCGAGUCUGUGAUUGAGAAGCACUCACACAGCCGCAUUGAGUACAUGAUCAAGGCCAAGAGCCAGUUCAAGCGGCGCUCGACAGCCAACAAUGUGGAGAUCCAUAUCCCAGUGCCCAACGACGCCGACUCGCCCAAGUUCAAGACCACGGUGGGCAGUGUCAAGUGGGUGCCCGAGAACAGCGAGAUUGUGUGGUCCAUCAAGUCCUUUCCGGGUGGCAAGGAAUACUUGAUGCGGGCGCACUUCGGGCUGCCCAGCGUUGAGGCAGAGGACAAGGAGGGCAAGCCGCCUAUCAGUGUCAAGUUCGAGAUCCCCUACUUCACCACCUCAGGCAUCCAGGUGCGAUACCUGAAGAUCAUCGAGAAGAGCGGCUACCAGGCGUUGCCCUGGGUGCGCUACAUCACGCAGAACGGUGACUACCAGCUUCGGACCCAGUGAGGCCACCCUGUGCAGCCUGAACCCCAGCCGUGCCCCACACCGGCCCCGCCUCGGCUCCGGCUCCUUCCAGAGACUCCUCACCAGGAGGCGUCCCUGUCUGGGAGGGGAUAGUGCCACGUGCCAGGCCUGGAUGCCAAAGGCCACAUGGCCACUCGACAGCAGCCGCUGUUCUGUCGUGUCACUGGGUCUGGAGCCCAUGACUGCUGCAGCCACAGCCACGUCCUUGUGCAUCGUGCCCCACAUGGAACCCACACCUCACAAACGUCUGCAGCGGGUCAUGGGUCCCCAGGUGCCCUGGGGCCUCGGCCUUGUGCUUUGUGUGUGUUUGUGUGACACGGUGACAUUAAAUCCGCUCACCCAGCACGA